AUGGAUAUGGAUGUGGAGGUGGAGCUGGCGGCAGCGACGGUGAUAGAAGUCGGUGGCGGUAGUUGUGAAGGUGGCAGCGGAGGCAGUGGUGAUAGAAGUCGGUGUGGUGGUGGAGGUGGAGGUGGUGUGAGCGGUAGAGGUAGAGGUGGAGGUGGCGGCGGCGGUGUUGGUGGAGGUGGCGUUAGUGGUAGAGGUGGAGGUGGCAACGGAAGGUGGUGGUGGCGAUGGAAGUCGGUGGCAGUGGAAGGUAAUGGAGGCGGCGACGGUGUGAUGGUGGUGAAAGGUAGCUACGGCGGUGCUAAUGGUGAAAGGCAACAACGGCGGUGGUGA